AUGUCUGGACCCGAGGUGGAAAAAAUAUCUACACAUGCGUUCCUCUGCGAAGGGCCUCACUGGGACCACGAUGCUGAAACAUUGUAUUAUGUUGACAUUAAAGGCCCUACAGUCCACAACUAUGUCCCAGCCAGAAAUAAACACACAGCAAUGAAAAAUGAUGGUGUCCAUAUCUUACUUGUCAUUCCACUUGAAGGGACAAAAGACAAGUUUGUGAUUACUGUAGGGCGUAAUGUUGCUAUACUGACAUGGGAUGGUGAAAGCAGCACUCCUACAGAUGUAAAAUAUGUUAGUGCUGUUGACAAUGAGAAAGAACUUCAGGAUAACAGGCUAAACGAUGGCAAGGCAGAUCCCACUGGUCGACUCUGGGCAGAAUCUAUGGGCCCAAAAACAGAUUCAAUAACUGACUAUCCUCCAGUUGGAUCACUUUUCAGUUUUUCUAAGGAUUGGAAAUCAACAAAACAUGUGGCAAGAAUAAAAAUUUCAAAUGGACUGGCUUGGAAUGAACACCUAAUAAUGUACUACAAUGAUUCCCCAACAAGGAAAGUUGAGGCUUUUGACUUUGAUACUGAAAGUGGAAAAAUUACAUCAACAAGUGUGUUCAACAUAGUGAAGCCAAAGACAAGGAAUAACAACAAAUGGAACAGCAAUGAAAAUAUGAUCUGCAACAAUGACCCCUCAUAA